AUUACAUUCCCGUCGACGUUCAUACGUCAUCACGUUAACGCUGUCGUCUCGUAGAGUAUUAAUCUGUUCCUUUUCAUUCUACCCUUGUGUGGGUCAGCUGCUGCCAACCCGGGUCGUUGAGAAAGGCGAGGACGGAGCCAUCUGCGUCGUCCUCGUCCUCGUUGGAAUCUGGGUCCGCUUUCGUAGUCAGGGACAGUCGCGUCCCUUUCUUCUAAAAUGGCCCAGAUCUCCAGCGAGGACGAGGCUCAGCUCCAGUCCAUGCUCAGGCAGUUACUCCUGAGCGUGAAGGAAAAAAUCACGGGCGCUCCCUCCCUUGAGUGCGCGGAAGAGAUCCUCUUACACCUGGAGGAAACUGAUGAAAAUUUUCACAACUAUGAAUUUGUGAAAUAUCUUAGACAACAUAUAUAUGAUACUUUGGGGACUAUGAUUGAGGAAGAAAUGGAAAAAUGUACCCCAGACCAAAAUCAAGGUGAAGGAACAGGCUAUGAUACUCUUGUUCAACAUGUGACUAAAGUAACCCAGGAAUCUAAAGAGUACAAAGAAAUGAUGCUUUCCCUAAAGACUGUUAUGACGGCUGUGGUGGAAUCUUUAAUUAACAAAUUUGAAGAACAUCAGACACGAACUAAGGAGGUGCAGAAGAAAACCGUAAAGGAGAAAUGCAUUAAUUAUUGCACAGACAAUUGUUCUGAUAGUGAUUCUUCGUUUAAUCAGAGUUAUAAAUUCAGUCAAGGAAAAUUACACUUAAUUUUAGAACAACUGGACCCUGGGCAACCUAAAGAAGUACGGCUUGAAGCAAUGCUAGCAUUGUGCUCUGCUCCUCCUUCUGAUGUAUUAAACUGUGAAAACUGGACUACUCUUUGUGAAAAACUUACAGUAUCUCUUGCAGAUCCUGAUCCUGCAUUUAAUGAUCGAAUUUUGAAAUUCUAUGCACAGACAUUUACUCUUUCACCACUGCAUAUAACCAAAGAAAUUUAUACAAGCUUAGCCAGACAUUUGGAAUUAUAUUUUCUUUCGGGUGAAAACCAUAUUCCAACUCUGUUGACUGGAGUAGAUGUUACUCAUCCUAAUGUGAUCCGUUUACUUAAAAAGGUACGUCUUUUAAAUGAAUAUCAAAAGGAAGUUCCAUCUUUUUGGAUUCGUCAUCCAGAAAAGUAUAUGGAAGAAAUUGUGGAAAGUACUCUGUCACUAUUAUCAAUUAAGCAUGACCAAAGUCUACUUGUCUCACAAAAAAUUUUGGAUCCAAUCUAUUUUUUGGCAUUACUUGAUGUUAAGGCUGUGUGGUUCAAAAAAUGGAUGCAUGCACAUUAUAGCAGAACUGUGGUCUUACGGCUUCUUGAAAAAAAAUAUAAAUCUCUAAUAAUGACAUCAGUUCAACAGUGUGUACAGUAUUUUGAAUCAUGCGAAAAUAUGAGAUCUGAUGAAAAUUUGAUACGACCCAAACAUUGUGGGAAUAAACAGAAGACCUUCUAUUCUGGACAAGAAUUACAAUAUAUUUAUUUUGUUCACUCACUGUGCCUCUUAGGAAGACUACUGAUUUAUACACAAGGCAGGAAGCUAUUUCCUGUAAAAAUGAAAAAUAUAAAUGAUUCAGUAUCCCUCACAGAUCUGUUGGUAUUGUUUACCCGUCUUAUCUAUUUCUCUCCAAGUUGUCCAAAAAUGACAUUACCAGCACAUGCAGAGGACUAUUCUCCAGCAAGUUUGGUGACUGAAGUACUACGGAUACUGUGUGAUCAAAAAGAAUCUGCAAUUGAAUGUUUAUAUAAGAGCCAAGUGAUAGAUGCUUUUCUUGAACCUAUUCAUAAUUUAAUGAAAGAAACUGAGGCUGCUUCAAAUUGUUCUGAAACAGCUUUAAUUCAUAUAGCUGAUAUUUUGGCAAGAAUUGCUUCUGUGGAAGAAGGCCUUUUUUUACUUCUUUAUGGAGAAAACAUGAACUCUUCUAAGGAUGAAAACCCCACAGGUGCUCAUUUAAUUGCCCAGUUUUCAAAGAAGCUUCUUGAUGAGGAUAUUUCUGUUUUUUCUGGAUCUGAGAUGUUGCCUAUGGUUAAAGGAGCUUUCAUUUCUGUAUGCCGCCAGAUGUAUAGCACCUGUGAAGGUCUUCAGGUGUUAAUUCCUUAUAACUUGCAUUACUCUAUUGCUAAAGCGUGGAAAAAGACAAGUUUGCUUUCAGAAAGAAUUCCUACUCCUGUAGAAGGCUCUGAUUCUAUUUCUUCCAUAAGCCAGGAAUCUCAAAACAUCAUGGCAUGGGAAGAAAAUUUAUUAGAUGACCUGCUAAAUUUUGCUGCUACUCCAAGAGGACUACUACUUCUCCAGAAAACAGGUGCCAUCAAUGAUUGUGUGACCUUUAUGUUCAACCUAUAUGCAAAAAAACAGGUCAGUAGGCAUAAAAAGUUUGGAUAUGGAGUGAUGGUUACACAAAUGGCAUCAACAGCUGCAGGUGCAGUAGCUCUAAGAAAUUCAGGGUUUAUUAAUGCACUUGUAACUGAAUUAUGGUCCAUGUUGGAAUGUGGAAGAGAUGAUGUUAGAGUAACAUAUCCCAGAUCUACUCCAGUGGAUCCUAUUGACCGAAGCUGCCAGAAGUCUUUUCUGGCAUUAGUAAAUUUAUUAUCCUAUCCUACUGUUUAUGAACUGAUAGGCAACCAGGAUAUUCCAAAUAAAUCAGAAUAUUCACUUCGCGAAGUUCCUACAUGCAUAAUUGAUAUUAUUGAUAGACUUAUCAUUUUGAAUUCAGAAGCCAAAAUUCGAUCAUUAUUCAACUAUGAACAAUCACAUAUUUUUGGUCUAAGGUUAUUGAGUGUAUUAUGCUGUGAUCUGGAUACACUUCUACUUUUAGAAUCUCAAUACCAGGUGUCUGCAAUGCUGUUAAAUGCUCAAGAGGAAAAUAUUUUAGAGAUUGCUGGAGGCCAUAGAGACUUUAUAAUUGAUGGCCUGUCAGUAGAAAGAAACCAUGUUCUCGUUAGAAUACUUCUUAUUGGUGGACCUGUAGAACGGAUUUUACCACCCAGGGCACUACAAAAGGGUAAUGAUCCAUAUCCUUGGCCAAUGUUUUCAUCAUGUCCUUUACCAAACUGCUACCUUUCAGAAGUUACUAAAAGAAUUGAUCCAAAACAAGAGAGUGAUAUUGGAAAACUUUUAUUACAUUUCAAGAUUUCUGAAAAACAAGCUGAAUGGAUAGAGAACUGCAGAGUACAAUUUUGCCAAACUAUGAGGACCAAACCUAAUAUCAUCAGUGGAGUCGUUUUGGCAGAAUUGUUCGAAAAGUUUGUGUUGCAUAUCACUGAAAAUCCAUCUGACUGCUACUUUCCUACUGUUGAAUAUAAAGCUACUGAUGCAGAUGUGAAGAAUGAAAGUCUUUCAUCUGUGCAGCAGCUUGGCAUUAAAAUGACUGUCAGAUAUGGUAGAUUCCUUAAUCUACUGAAAGAUGGUGCUGAAAAUGAUCUUACUUUGGUGUUGAAGCAUUCUGAGAGAUUUCUGAAGCAGCAGCAAACAUCAAUAAAAUCUCCACUUCGCUGUCUACAAGGACGUUACCCUGGUCAUGACUGGUUUGUAUCCUCUCUGUUUCUUAUAAUGUUGGGUGACCAAGAGAAAACACUAAAGGUUCUGCAGAAAUUCUCCAGGCUGCUAACUUCUGCAUUUCUCUGGUUGCCAAGACUGCAUAUUUCUAAAUACCUACCUAGUGAUAUCUCAGAGUCUGGCAUACAUCCCAUAUAUUUUUGUGGUGCUCAUUAUAUUGAAAUGUUACUGAAGACUGAGGUUCCACUUGUCUUUUCAGCUUUCCAUAUGUCUGGAUUCACCCCAUCACAGAUUUGUCAGCAAUGGAUAACUCAGUGUUUCUGGAAUUAUUUGGAUUGGAUUGAGAUCUGUCACUACAUUGCCAUUUGUGUCUUUCUUGGUCCUGAUUAUCAGAUAUACAUAUGUAUAUCUAUAUUAAAACAUUUACAACAUGAUAUUUUAAAGCAUACCCAAUCUCAGGAUUUACAGGUUUUUCUUAAAGAGGAAGCACUUCAUGGAUUUCGGGUGAGUGACUAUUUUGAAUACAUGGAAAACUUGGAGCAGAACUAUAGACCCUUGCUACUGCAAGACAUGAAGCGUAUUCGACUGCAAAGUACAUAACUUCAGAGAACUAGCAUUUCAAUUUCAUUUUUUAGUUGUUCUUACAAGGCUACUAAUUGUUUCAUAUUGGCAUCCAUAAAAAUUCUUGCUUUGUGAGUGCACAUAUUGUAAAAUCGAUAAUGAGGAUUUUGUGACUGUAAUGGUAUUUUCAAGAAGGCAUUAUCUCAAUUGAUAAUUUGAAAUGAAUUCAUUUUUCUGGGCUGCUUUUCUAGGCUGGUAAAUUGCUAAUAGAUUGCUUUAAUGCCAGCCCUAGCUUACUUGUGGUCUUUAUUUGUGUUUCCUGGUAGUGAAUCCCAAAUUAUGCUACCUUAUUCCAAUCUGGUCUUUGCCAUCUAACGGAAAUAUUUCUAAUAAGUUUGAUGAUAAAAAGCAUUAUUGAAAAUAAUCAUCUUGUUAGCCUGUAUUUGUCCAUAGAAACAAGAUGGUUGUUUUCUGUAUUCAUGACUCAUUGCAAAAGAGUCUAUUCUCUACAUGUGGAGGAACAAAGGGCGAGGACAUCCUACUAUCUCAUUACCUCAAUAUUUUCCCAAAGUUGGUAUGUGAUACUUACAUCUAUGUAUAAAUUUUCAUUUGAAAUUCUCUAUCCUUCUUCAAAAUUAAAUUAGUUGUUCUAUCCUGAUGAUAAUUCUAUUAUUAUUCUUUGAUAUGUUUUCUUUAGAGUUUGAUCUGAUUUGAGUUGCAUUUUAAGUAGGAAAUUAAAGGAUUGAUUUCUAAAUUAAUUUAAGUGAACACAUGGCUCAAAACUUGUUCUAAUUUAUUUUCAUGUAACAUAACUGUCAUGUUUCUUGUUUAGGAAGAAUCUUUAGAGUAUAAAAUAAAAGUACACAUUAAAUAACCAUUAUUUUCAAUAGAACCUUCUAUUUUAAAAAUAUGUCUAAUAUUAAGAUCUUAUUUUCAAAUUUAACUUGAACAUGUUCAGUUUUGCUACAGACUCUUCCAUCUAUCUAAUCUCCCCCUUUUUAACCACUUGACCAAAAAAUUGGUUUACAACAAAACAUUUUUUCUUUUUUUGUACAAGAAAGAACUUGCAUGAAGAACAAUCUGUAUAUUAUUCAGUUUUGUGAACUCUUGAGCAUCAGGCUACCAAAAUCAGGAUUCCUGAUGUAAAUGGAAAUAUGACCAUAAUAGAAACGUUCUUCUUACAAGGCAGCAAUAAAGUCUGUCAUAGAAAAUAGAACAAGUUAACUUCACAUCCUGUACAUUUUAUCCAUGGCUCAAAUGAAUUUAGCUAGAGAGUCCUCCAGAUGACCUAAAACACAUAGCUUUGUCUACUUUCAAAUUUAAUUUUCAAAACCUAUUCCACAGAACCCGUAAUGUAAGUUUAUGGUUCCCUUUCUUCCCAUUCUAUUACUGAAUUAUUGUUGUUGGCCCUAAGAAACUUGCAGCACUUUAUUUCUUUUUAAAAGCAGCUCCACAGUAAUUGGAAAUAUAAAAUGGAAAAAGAAGAAACAAUAAAUUAAUUUUAGAAUGUUCAUGGCUACUUUUGAUUGGAAACUGAGGUAGGAUGUAACACACAAGAAUUGCACUUUCAGAAAGCUGACUUCAGCUAGAGCCAGGAGACUAACUUUAAUUUUCAGUGAAGAAGUAAAUGAAUAACUGCCUAGUGAUUUGGUUAGUGGAAGGCAGUUAAAAAAAUAUUCUAGCUCAUGUGGCAGCUAUGAGUUAUUUAAAUUUAUCAAUUUCAUUUGGAGAAAAAAAUGAAUAUGACCCACCUUUUGAUAAACCUUUCUUUUUCUCUUGAUAAUUUAGAGUUUGUAAGCCCCUGAGGGGACAAGUAGAUGGUGAAGUGAAUAAAGUGUUGGUCCUGAAGUCAGGAGGAACCAAGUUUUAAAUAUGCCUUCAGACAUUUAUUAGCUGUGUGACCCUGGGCAAAUCACUUAAAUCUGUUUGCUUCAGUUUCUUCUUCUGUAAAAUAGCAAACCACUCCACUAUCUUUGCCAAAAAACAAAGAAAGAAAAUAAACUUAAAUGGGGUCAGGAAGAGUCAGACAUGACUGAAAUGCUUGAAUAAACAACUACAAUCUCCUAUAGCAAGCCAAUGUAUAUUUCUUUCUUUUUAUUUUCCUUUUUAUUUUUGGCAUGGAGUACUUGAUACAAUACUUAUUUAUGAUUCAAUGACAAUAAACCAUAUUUUAUGACAUGGUAUUUAAUCAUUGGUGAAUUUUUUCAUAAUAACAUUUACAGUUUUAAAUAAUUACUCUUAAUUCACUUCUUGUUGAUAAUUAUUUAUAUAAUGAAAUCAGUCAGGGAAUGGAUACCUGCUGGAAUAUCUUCAGUGUAUACUUAAAAGAUUGGCUAAGUAUAGAGUAUGUCAGAUGUUUGGUUUUAUAUUUAAUAGAAACAAAGGAAAAUCUACUUUCAAUAGGUCCUCACAUCUCAACCUGAUUACUACCAAUCUGUCCAUAUAAAUGUUUAGCUAAUUAGACCAAACUAGAAAGGAUUGAUACUAACAAACAUGGAAAUAUAUUGCCCAUAGUAAUAGCAAUUUAAUUCUGUAUUUUGAAGACAAUCACAUUACUAGUUAUAGAUAAUAUUAAAUACAAUAUGUUCUUUUUCAUAUAUACAUGAUUACUCUGACUCUGUGUGCUAAAUCUGAUUUUUAUGUGAGACAUCUAAUAAGAAAAUGACAUAAAGGAUAGAAACAAAUAUGCAUAUUUUUUUAAAAAGGUGAGGUCAUAUAACCAAAAAUUAAAAGAACAGAUAUUUUCUUCCGGUCCCCUUAAUUGAAGGAAAAAAAAAAGAUUAUUCACUAGAAGUCAAGGAAUCGUAAUUAAUGACAUGAGACAAGAUAGGCCAACAAAGAAACACCUUUAUAUAAAUUAACAGUGUAAAACACAUCCAUAAGGCUCUCAUGCAGCAACCUCUCUGCCACAAGCUUCCAUAUUCUAAUGUUCUGCACAAAUCAACUCUUGGGUUUUUCUAUGGGAAUCGCUGAGUUUUUCCCUUCCAGCUUCAUAGAUGGCUGAUAGACCUUACCCUUGUCCUUUCCCCAGUAUCGCUUGGCAUCGGGAAGAAAUUGCCUAUCAGAUCUAUGAAUGGGGAAAAAAUUCAAAAUCAAAUAAGAAAUAGAAAAGACCUUAAAAAAUAAAAUGAUACAUUUUAUUAUAUACAAUUGGGUUUUGCACAAACAAAUCUAAGAAAGAUUAAGUGGUUAAACAAUUAGUCAGAAAUCUUUGCAAAAGUUUUUCUGAUAAAGGCUUUAUUUCCAAAAUAUAAAGAGUUGACCAUCCAUGGAUAAACAGAAGUAGAGAGAACAAUAUUGAAAUAGCACACAGGGAAAAAAAACAAUAACCUUAAAGUUACUGGUAAAAAAUUGCUAUCUGAAGCUUUUUUCAUGCAGGAUUAUAACCAGGGACCUGAUUUCCUUCUAUCUCCAAAUUUCUUCUGAACUUAAACUAAGUGGAUCAUUAGGUAAAAGUUAUAAUCUUGUAUUUGUCUUGGGGUUCUGUUCUAUGUCCAGUGUGAUAAUUUGGAAAAUAGCCAUACAAAGCCUAGAUAAAUCCUCUGGGGACAAUCUCUUGAUUUUUUUUCCUCUCAAGAAAGACGUCUAAUUCAGAUUGGGGGAAGAUGCAAAUCAGAGACUACACACAAUGCUCAUGUUCUUUUGAGCAUAACAUGUUGAGAAAGCCCUGUGCAAGUUAAAAAGUGGACACAGGUACCAAUCAUCUAUUCUUUGGAGCCUUGAGAAUUGAGAGAACAUCUUUCAAGUCAGAGGGGGAAUAACUAAAAUGCAGAGCAAAUUAAUUUAAAUUCCACCAUUGGCAUGAAAAGUGAUUUUUAAAAUGUGUACACUCUCUUUGGAGCUCUAUCAUUAUUGCUUAUUUGUAUAAAUCAAGAUUUUGUUUCCUAAUUCCUGAUCAGCCUAGAUAAUGUUAUACACUAGGAAAGCAACCUGCUAGUUGUGAGCCCUUUGUUAGUUUCUGUGUCUAUAUUAUUGUAUUAUCUCUGUUAAAAGUAAUACUAACUUUUUUUUCCUAUAGUCUUAGCCCAGAGAACAAGGGUAAAAAAAAAAAAAAGUUUUUGCCUUUGAGAAGUAAUCAUUGUUUUGUAAUUCUAAGUUAGAAGACAGAAAAGAAACACACAUGAUGAUGAUGUCUUUUCCCUCAAUUUACAGAAAUUUAUGAACUCAUAAACUAGUUAAAAAUUGAGUUUGUGACUAAAAUGUAAGUUCUGUACAGUGAAUUUCCAAAUUGUAGUUUGAAAAUUUUUUUAAAUGCUAAAAAUAUAUGUGUUUCAAGGUAAUGUUUUGUAAAAAUUUGUUUUAAAGAAAAAUAAAAAAGGAGAAAAUAAACAAA